AUGGUCCCAUCGGCAAGAAUCCUUCUCGUGCUAGUGGCCAUUAUGGCUCUCCAUCAAGUUAACGCUGCUGGCAUAUUUGCUGGCAUAUUUGAUGUCUUCAGAGUUUAUGUACAAAUCACCAACAAAUUACCAGGAAGAGUGACGCUCAGAGUCCAUUGCCAAUCUAAGGACGACGAUCUAGGGUUCCACAACAUCGCUCCCAAUAAGUAUUGGGGCUUUAAAUUCUUCCCGAAGAUUUACGGUACACUCUUCUUUUGCAGCGUGAAGUGGCCGGGUCAUUUCCACUAUUUUAAUGCAUACGAUGACUCGCUCAUCGAGCACGGUUUAGGUCGUUGGACAAUAAAACCGGAGGGUCCAUGUGUGCACAGCCAUCUACCAGAUGUGCUUUACACUGAUUGCAGGAAGUGGAACUCCUGA